UCCCAGAUCGGUGUGGCUAACACAGAGGCUGUGCUGCUCCACGGUCGCUCCACCGCUGAUCAAUGAUUGAACUGAACAAAGGCAGAAGAGGGAUCAAUUUCUAAUAACUAUCAAUGCAAAUGCCGCUAGCUUUCGUCUUACAUUCGCCCAAAACAAGAUAACACACACCAGAGUACAGUAACAAGACAUACCGCGGGAAAAAUUAGCCGAGAAAGGAAUUCUCUGAGACACACUUCAACAGAGGGGUGAAAGGGUAGCGUCGGCUGGGAGUGAAGAGUGACACAGGAACAGGCUGAAGCACUGGAUCAGUAUACUUCAGGAAGCCCCGAAGAAAGCAAAGAAGAGAGCCGAGGGAGCCGGCUCCAAUGUGUUCUCCAUGUUUGAACAGGCCCAGAUCCAGGAGUUCAAAGAAGCUUUCACUAUCAUGGACCAAAACAGAGACGGUUUCAUUGACAAGAACGACCUGAGAGACACUUUUGCAGCUUUAGGCCGUUUAAAUGUCAAGCAAGAAGAGAUUGAUGAGAUGCUGAAGGAGGCACCAGGACCGAUUAAUUUCACAGUCUUUCUCACCAUGUUUGGAGAGAAGCUUAAAGGCGCUGACCCGGAGGAGACCAUCCUCAACGCUUUCAAAGUCUUUGAUCCUGAGGGAAAAGGAUCGUUAAAGAAAGACUUCGUGACAGAGAUGCUAACAACCCAGGCAGACAGGUUCUCCCCCGAAGAGAUGGAACAGAUGUUUGCGGCUUUUCCACCAGAUGUGGCAGGAAAUCUGGACUACAAUAACCUGGUCCACGUCAUCACACAUGGUGAAGAGAAAGACCAAGAAUAGAUUUGUUAUUCCUGAGAUUGCACUCUGGACAUUUAAACCAAUGGGUCAUGUUUGAGCCGACAUGUGUGAAUGAUCACACAUGACUACUGCAGAAAUUCAAAGCUAAAAAUAACUAUUUCACAUUUCAGCUUCAGUUUGUUGAAUUACAUACUUGUUUAUGGAUGCAUUAAUUGAGUAUGAAUUUAAAUGUUAUAGUAUGUAUAGUUCUGUCUAUUACACUGUGUACAUGUAUUUGCUUCUCUUAAUAUGUAA